AUGGACAACUGGUUCACUAGUGUCCCACUGGCCAAAUCGCUUUUAGAUGAACAUACGCUUACCAUGGUGGGCACACUGAGAAAAAACAAGCCCGAAAUACCAAAGUGUUUCUUACCGGAAAAAAAACGAGAGACGACUUCUAGCAUAUUUGGUUUCCAAAAAGAUAUGACUUUGUGCUCAUAUGUGCCGAAACCAAGAAAAGCAGUUCUGCUUUUAUCGACAAUGCAUCACGAUGAUAAUGUUGAGGGUAUCAAUUCCUAUGUAAUAUACAAAUCUAAAAUUGACUCCAAUAUAUCCCGAAGACUAUUUAUAAAGCUACUGGCUGUUGAUUUAGUCAAACCUCACCAAAUAUCAAGAGCCAGCAUACCCACACUACCACGACCGCUGCAAAAACGACUAAAAAGACAACAUGAAAUUCAGGACCAAGAAUCUAUUUCUGAAGCAGGCCGAUCGCAAUCAUACAAAAGCAAUGACCAUAUGAAUAUAGUCUGUAAAAAUUGCAACGAUUAA